GGAAGCUGUCUGUCUACGUGCCUUUCACCUCGUACAACCUCUCAUCCAGCCUCCAUCAGCCGGGCUCACAGGAUGCUGCGCUAAAGACAUCAGAGACUUCUCAGCAACAACAGUGGAAAUAUUAUACAAUUUCUUUUUAGGUAUUUGAGAAAUCAGAAAAAAUGGUUGGAUUUUUCCAAAUGUUGAGAAAGAAAAAGGAGCUGAUCCCUCUGAUAGGUUUCAUGGCUUUUGCUGCAGCAGGAGCCACCUCGGCUGCUCUCUACUUUCUCUUUACUAAACCUGAUGUUAUUCUGAAUAGGACCAGAAAUCCAGAACCAUGGGAACGAGUGGACCCAUCAAAACCCCAAAAGCUCAUCACCAUCAAUCAGCAGUGGAAACCAGUGAAGGAACUGGAGUAUGUGAAGAACCUGACUAAGUAAAAGGAAAAGAGGAUAAAGCAUCUUCUAGAAACAUCCACAGUCUGACCAGCUGCCUGCACCCCAUCAGUCUAACAGAAUCCUUUCUGCACAAACUAGGAUACUUUGACACUCAGUGUGCGGAAAUGCUUCUGCUCCACUGGUGGGGUUUCACCCGGCUCUGUGGUGACCCAGCCUGAGGACACCCAUCCACAACAGUAGACACAUAUAACAAAUACUCAUACUGCCAUUAAAUUAUAAAAAAAAGAAUUUCACUUUGGGUUUCUGUGAUUGCAUCGAGAAGCCACAUUAGCAUUAAAUAAGCUGUGUUGUUCAAUUGCUUUCAAAGUUGAUGUACUAUAGUUUCUACUUGUGACCCAAAUGGUAACGAAUAAUAUAAUAUUGUACUAAUACGUAGUGUACUGUGUAUGUGCAUUGUGUACGUGUUAAACUUUCUUCAUCAGUGUUGCUUUUGUUGUUAAAAGCUCUAUAAAAAAACAUUUAUACAGGAUAAGCAUGUCUUCAGCCUUUUCUUAACCCUUUUUAAUUGAAUGAAAACCCUUCAUAUUCUUUUCACAAGCUUCCAUGUCAUGUGACCUACAAAUCAAUGCAGCAUUGUACACGUAGGAUACACCUCUUUAUUAUACGUUUAUUUGAGUAUAUGAUGUGAACGUUGUAAAAAUAAAAUAAAAAAAACUUC